AUGGCCACUGUAGCCCAACAGCGCCAGCCCGCCGCCCCCGCCCACGCGCACCCGGCCUCGAGUCGCAGCGCCUCCGCCUCGCCCUCCCCGGCCAUGGCCCCCGCCCAGCACGCCCCCGCGCCCGCCCCCGCGCCCGCGAAGAAAGGCAAGGGCAAGAAGGCCGCCGACCCGUCCGAGCAGCAGAAGCAGAUCCAGGCCAAGAUCGCGCAGCUCGAGCUCGAUGCCGCGGGCGACAAGGAGCAGGAGCUUGAAGUCGAGCGCGAGGUCAAGAAGGCGAACCGCGAGAUCGCAUCGCUCCUCUCCAACAUGGACGGCCCCAUGUCCCAGCUGACGGCCCUGCAAAAGAAGUACACCGAGCUGCUCUCCGACAUGAAGCGAAUGGAACGCGAGCACUCCAAGGCGAAGAAGCGCGGCGAUCAGCUGCAGAAGGAGAAGGACGCCCAGCGGUCAGAGCUGACCAAGGUCACCACCAUGAAGGACAAGCUCGACAAGCUCUCCAGAGACUUCGCCAAGGAGAACAAGAAGCUAAAGGACGAGCUGCACAAGCUCGAGAACAGCGAAUCAACCGCCAGGCACGAGCUGCACACGCGACUCGAGACGUUGAUUGCAGAAGUGGACGAUUGCAUCAGAGUGGCCGAGGGUCCAGAGCGACCAGACGAACGUGACAUUGAGCUAGACGAAGCAUUUCGACUGAAGUUUAAGUCCUUCAUUGACCAGUACGAGCUGCGUGAGCUGCAAUUCCACUCCCUCCUGCGUACGAAAGAGCUCGAGAUACAGUACCAGAUGGCACGGCUGGAGCAGCAGCGCAAACAGCAAGAAGCCGAGUCGUCCAAGUCGCACCAGUUGACGAGGCAGGUGUCGACCUUCUCGCAAACCGAAACCGAGCUGAGAACUCAACUCAACAUCUACGUUGAGAAGUUCAAGCAGGUUGAGGAAACACUCAACAACUCCAACGACCUAUUCCUGACGUUCCGCAAGGAGAUGGAGGAGAUGUCGAAGAAGACCAAGCGCCUCGAGAAAGAGAACCAGAAUCUACAACGUCACAAGGAGAUCACCAAUCGCAAUAUCGGAGAGAUGGUAGAAGAGCGGCAGAGAAUGCAGGAAGAGCUGGCGAGAAAGACAAAAGACGCCGAAGAUCAACGCAAGAAGAUUGCUCGCCUCGAAACGCUGUGUCGUGGCAUGCAGGCGCAAGGACGAGGUCAGGUUCCUAUGGCGGAGCUGGAGGAGGACGAAGAGGUCACGGAGAGUGAGUACGACUACGAAGACGAGGAAGACGAUGAAGGGAGCGGCGAGUACGACGACGACACUGAAGAAGAUGCCAUCGAGCCUCCACCCGAGCGUCGACCAUUCGGACCCGUACCACCACCUCCGCCUCCGCCGCAGAGCGUUGUGAAUGGCAAACCUGCUAGCCAUAAACAGCCCAACGGGCAGAUGAAUGGAGUCAAGCGCUAA